AUGUUCGUUCAAUCGGCCUCGGUCGAUUUCUAUGCAGCCCUGGACAUACCCCGAACUGCUACUACCCAGGAAAUAAACGCUGCCUACAAAAGGUUGGCCCUGAAGUAUCAUCCUGACAAGUGCGGUGAACGUUAUCUGGAAAAGUUUCGCCAAAUUACGGAAGCAGCUGAGGUUCUCCGCGAUACUCAGCGCCGUCUUGACCAUGAUCGUGCCAUCGGACACGCCCCCCGCGGUUUGAAUGAUAACCGACGUCAGCCACGUCGAUACAACCGCGAGGAUGACUGGCGAAACUGGAGCUCGGAGCAGAGACCCUGGAGAAACGAUGAGUUUAACUACAACUUGAAGAACCCACAGGACUGUUACAUGUACUCCUAUGGCUCAAGUGUGCACAUGGACCCCAACUCUGCAGAUUCCAUGGCAGAGUCUGAUCGGAUCUCGGCAGAGGCAGAGAGAUGGGCAGCAGAAUAUGCAGCCAUGCAAGCCGAGUAUGAAGCCGAGUCUGCAGCUGAGGCGAAAGCUGAGAAUGAAGCUUUCGAGCAGGCCAAUUUUAACAGAUGGCCAAAGAACGCUAAAGAUAACGUUUCAGAAACUAACCAGGCCGCCGAACCCGCGAUGGAAGCUGAGCAUGCAACUUUCAAGGAGACUGAUGAAUUUGACGCAUGGUCAAAUGAUGGUCAAGCUUCCACUCAGCCUGAAUUUGAAACACGGCCCAAGAAUUCUCAAGAAAAGUCUUUUGAAACUAAACAGGCCAACGAAACUGAUCGAGCUACCAUGUGGACAAUGCCCGGGCAAUACUCCUCCAGUCAAUUCGACUCCAUUCAACACUCAUACCUCGAUGUUCCUCCUCGACCGGAUAUAAAUGAGUUGAUUGGCAGCGUUAUUGGCAGCGAAAUCCCUGGGCAAUACCCCUCCGGUCAAUUCCGCACUUCCACUUACCACUCUGGCCACAAGCCCCGUUCUGGUCAAGUCUCCUCUCCUCAGCCGGACUGCAAAACCUCACCGGAUGAAUACUACGACUGCAAUGAGCAUCUUAGUACAGGACCUAGCGUUAAUCGCAAACCAUCCGCCAAGAAGGCAGGCCUGGCGGACCGAGCAAAUGUCCAGGAACUUGUUACCGCCGAAGGCCCUCUGGCGCCGUUCUGUCCAUAUUUCAAUGACAAGUUGGCUCAUGGAAGCGGGCGUUACAACUUAGACGACAUGGCUAUGGAGGUAAACGGUAUCAUCAGCCAGAUUAUGUUUGAAUGGAUUUUGGUCCUUAAGCAAGAAAGUGGAGUCACGGCAUCACUUAUCAACUUGGACGAUGGAAACUGCACUCAUCAUUGUGAAUGGACUAAGGAAUUCGCCCUCUCAGAGUGUACAGUCUGCCGCUUCUGGAAGCCCAUUUACAUGAUGACCUGUUCAAUGUGUGACACUAAGAGAUGCAUCUGCUGCAGAUUUUGA